GGAGGGCUGUACCGAGUCUCUUGUCAUUUCGGCACCUUCUUGAUGGCUAGCGUCGAGUCAUUUGCCGAUCCCAGUUUUGUGUGGGAGCCCUCGGAGCCCGAGCACUGGUCGCUGACCGAAGCUGGCAAGGGGCUGCGAGUCCAGCCAACAGCAAAGAGGGACUUCUGGAGUCGGACCUUUUACAAGCCCCUGCUCAUCAAGCAUGACGGUCAGGUCUUGGUGUGUCCGGUGGCUGACUCCGAGGCAACCAUGUCCUUAGCUUUCACCCUGCACCCCCGAGCACAAUUUGAUCAAGCUGGUGCCAUGGUGAUUGUGGAUGAGCUCACCUGGAUCAAAGCCGGCAUCGAGUUUUGCGAUGGCGUGCCCAGGCUGUCCUGCGUGGUCACAAACCAGGGGUUCUCUGAUUGGAGUACACAGCAGUGGCCCCACUGGGAUGGCUCCAGCACCUCCUUGCGCCUCCGUCUCCACCGGGAACUCCCUGGACCGGAGCAGGGGCCGGCCGUGGUUGUGGAAGCUGCACCCUGGCACCCAGGAGACACUGCAGCAACCCCGGCGGAAUUUGCUUUUGUGCGCAUUGCGAGCUUCCGAAGCGAGGGCAAGCCAUGGAAGAUGGGAGUGUUUUGCUUUGCGCCGACUGAGCAGAAGGGUUGUGAGACCAGCUUCCAUUACUUUAACAUAGGUAGCAAGAUGAAAACUGCCCAUGAUUCAGAUCCGUCUGCGGGGGCUUGA